AUUUUCUCCACCAGUCUUUUUGUCUUUCUCGAGCACUCUCGGAUUUGACGGCACCGCCAAAACCCUAGUUCUCUCCACAGCGGCGCAUUCCGUGCUGAGUUUCCGCUUCAAUUUCCCUUAAUUUCUUGAGGAGCCAGGAGGGGUUGAUGACCUGGGGUUUCACUUGAAAGUUUGUGACUUUUAUGUUUCUAAAAGAAAUGCCAUUAACGGGACAUUCUUGACUGAUUGGAGUUGAUGUCUUGAAGAGGGAUAACAUACUGCAUGAUGACAGUUGUGAGUUUCACUUGGAGACGGUUGUAAAUGCUUCUCAGUUGAUAUUCUUGCAACUUUUGAAGUGCUAAAGUUGCAUACUUAGCUCUUAGCAUGGACCGCCAGGACACAUCAGGUUUUGUUAGUGGUGGUUGCUGCUUCAUCUUCAGAAGCUUUUGGUUGAUUUUUAGCUACUAGAUCUUGUGCGGCCCUUCCUUCUUCCCUGUAGACCACAGAAAUCCAGCAAUCUAUUCUUUAUAUUAUUUUCGUGUCUAUAUAUUUUACCUUUUAGUUCGGUUGAAGUCGUGAAUUUCAUUGCAUGGAUGGUACCCAUGGCCAUACAGCUACUUUGGCCUCUGCAUCAAGAGAUGGGGGCGAAGUUGUUGACUAUACUGUUGUUUCUACUCUAGAUUUUGAUUCACCUGGCCUGCCAGGCUCUUAUGUUUCCAAGGGAAGCAAGAGAAAAUGUACUACUGUUGAUCGACCAAUUAAAUUCAAAGAUGGGUCUUCUCUGGUUCUUGGGUUGGGGCGUUCAUCAAGUUCCUGCACUAGCAUAUGCUCAGGGAACGAAAUUGAAGAGGAGUCUUCUGUAGAUCUUGGUCUGAGUAUCAACCUCAACAUAGGAGAUUGCAGGUCAUCCAAUCCAAAGCAGGUUUCUGCUGGUGGGGCAUUGAAUGCAAUUACGGUACGGAGGCCUGUUUUAAACCUUCAAUUAAGUCUAUCCACUGGACCUGCUGAAUCUGAUGUAACCACUGGCAGCCAAGGAUUCGUUCCUUACCAGAAUUACUCUGAGUCACCAGUUUUAACCCCUACAUUUCAACUAGUGGAUGAAGGGUCAACAUCUUCUCGGUGGAAAACUGGCCCUCUUGUUGCCCCCUUGGAUUGUCCACUAGAGAUCUCCAUCCCAUUUGACCAAGUCCAUGACAGUGGGAAUCCUAAUCCAGUGGUGUCUAGUAACCCCUCAACUGCAUUGGUGACACCAAGUUUGGCUGGCAGUGCUUCUUGUCUACUUAACAAACAGCAACAACGCAAAGCUAGAGUGAAAACUUGUCGUUUUGAAGGAUGCACCAGGGGUGCAAGGGGUGCUUCUGGUCUCUGUAUUGCCCAUGGAGGUGGCAGGAGGUGCCAAAAAGCUGGUUGUCAGAAGGGAGCUGAGGGCAGGACUGUAUUUUGCAAGGCACAUGGUGGUGGUCGGAGGUGCCAGCAUCUUGGGUGUACUAAAAGUGCCGAAGGCCGUACUGACUACUGCAUAGGUCAUGGUGGCGGUAGGAGGUGUAGUCAUGAGGGUUGCUCUCGUGCAGCAAGAGGUAAGUCUGGCCUCUGCAUCCGUCAUGGGGGUGGUAAAAGGUGCAAGAUGGAAAAUUGCAGUAAGAGUGCUGAGGGCAUCUCUGGCCUUUGCAUAUCCCACGGAGGUGGGCGUCGCUGCCAAUACCCUGAGUGUACAAAAGGUGCUCAAGGGAGCACAAUGUUCUGUAAAGCUCACGGUGGUGGCAGAAGGUGCACGGUUUUGGGAUGCACAAAAGGUGCAGAAGGGAGCACUCCAUUCUGUAAGGGCCACGGUGGCGGGAAAAGAUGUACAUCAGAAGGAUGCACUAAGAGCGUUCACGGGGGAACUUUAUUUUGUGUUAGUCAUGGGGGGGGCAAAAGAUGUGCUAUGCCUGGAUGUACCAAGAGUGCCAGGGGUCGUACAAGCUACUGUGUCCGUCAUGGUGGUGGAAAAAGGUGCAAGUUUGCAGGCUGUCCAAAAAGUGCACAAGGAAGCACUGAUUUUUGCAAGGCGCAUGGUGGAGGGAAACGAUGCUCUUGGGGACAGUUGGGUUCUGAGUUCAGCAGUCAAGGUGCUGUUCCUUGUGACAAGUUUGCAAGGGGAAAAUCUGGCCUCUGUGCUGCCCACAAUGCGCAAGUGCAGGAAAAAGAUAUCCAUGGCAGCUUUGAGUUGGUUUCAACGACACAGGACACGAGUUCUAACACAUCUACUCAAACGAAAGGCAUUUUUCCAGCUGGAACCCAUAUUCCUUAUCCUUGCACCACUGACAACAAUGGGGCACGAUCAGUUGGUUCAAUAAGUCAUGGACAUCAACCAAUAUCUCUGCCAAUUAUGGCACAAGAAAAUUUCGUGGUUGGAAAUGCUUGCUUGGAUCGGCUCUCUCUCCCUGAAGGCAGGGUGCAUGGAGGUAGCCUGAUGGCAAUGCUUAAAGGAGGGACAGCCUUUGCAACAAGCAAUAAUACUCAAGACAACAGUGGUGAAUUGGUGCCAGAGAAAUCUUUUCCUAUGUCACAUAGAUGGGUAUGAACAGAAUCCCUCACGCCAUUAUGUUGGUUGUGUUUUAGUUGUCUGUUGGUUCAAGUUGAGGAGUCUGUACUUUGUUAGUUAUUGGGUCUGGUCAUGGUGGAUGAGGUAUUUGUCUCUGAUUUAUGCAGCAGGUAUAGAUGUAUUCAAGAAAUUUUAAAGUCAAGUGUGUAAUCUAGGUAGGUAGGGUGGCUACAUUAUGUUAUAGUUAAACUGCAUGUGUCUCUUGUGAAUACAUUUAACUAUCAUGUGUCUCCUGUGAAUACAUAAUUGCUGUAAGUAUUGUUCUGUCUAUGUCGUUGAAUGGUUGCUGGA